GCGGAGGCCUCGGCGUCGCGACGCUACGCGGCGCCCCCCAAUGCGGGGGAGAGCGGCGCCGUAUUGAUUGGCGGCCGGGGGCAGGGGGUCGACGACGAAGAGUCGUCGGUGGGCGCCAUCACGCGGGGCCACCGCGACUGGGGCGGCCGCCUACCCUUAACACCCUCGGAAAAGAUGGUCAUGAUGGCUGGCAUGGACGAUCACGAGCGGAAGGUCGUCGUCGAGUUUUGCCACCUCCUGGAGAAGAGCAAGCAGCUGUUCAACGGACUCAGGGACCUACCUCAGUACGGCCACAAGCAGUGGCAAGCGUACUUCGGGCGGACGUUCGACAUCUACACGAAGCUAUGGAAGUUCCAGCAGCAGCACAGAAUGAUCCUGGACACGAAGUACGGUCUGAAGAGGUGGCAAAUCGGCGAGAUCGCGAGCAAGAUAGGCCAGCUAUACUACCACUACUACCUAAGGACCAGCGAGACCAGCUACCUCCACGAGGCGUACUCCUUCUACGCGGCCAUCCGGGGCCGGGCGUACUACAGUAGGGCAGCCAAGGAAGACCGAAGCGACCUGAUGGUGAAGAAGCUGAGGUACUACGCGCGCUUCAUCGUGGUCUGCCUCUUGCUGAAUCGGAUGAAGCUGGUGCGCGAGCUCGUGCAGGAGCUGGACGCCCAGAUCGCCGACUACGCGAGUACGUACGAGCCGGAGGAUCAGGUCGAGUGGAACCUCGUCCUGGACGAAAUCAAGGCGUUCGUCAAGGCGGAGGCCGCGGUAGGGGUGCUGCACUCGGAAUCCAACCCGGUUGUGUUGACCCAUAGACUCGGACCCCAGACCUCCCCACCUGUCGAACGUACGCCACCCAUGUGCCUGUCUCUUCAAGAGAUCCUGAUCGUCGGCAACUGCGCCGACCAGGUUAAGUUCAGUGAGUUGUCCAUGGAUAUGUUUAGGAUGCUACAGACCCUAGAGAGGGAGCCCAGGGACGAUCCCGGCCACCUCCACGACGCCUCGCCCGCGGGCAGGAUGCCCUUUAGGCCCGGGCCCUAUCCCGCCGAGAACGGCGCCCCCCGGAGGGACAACCCUCACAAGUACCUCCUCUACAAGCCCACCUACAGCCAGGUCCAGGUGUUCCUGGCCAGCGGCUUCAAGGAACUGCCCGCCAAUGGCGCCCUCCUCCUCUACCUCUCGGCCGAUGGAUGCUUCUCCAACGUCAAGCACCCCGAGGAGAUGGGCUACGACCGGGGCGGCGUUUCGACGAGCAGCAAGAGGGACCCGGAUCACGGGAAGAGGCCGAUGGGAGGGAAGGAGCCGCACUGCCUCUACCCUGGGGACCUCUAUCCCUUCACCAGGAAGCCGCUGUUCGUGGUGGUCGACUCGAACAACAGCUUCGUGUUCCAGCAGAUACCGCGGUACUUCGGGCAGCCGUUGAUGGUCCUGAUGUCGCCCCAGGACACGCCGCCUACCCUGAGGGACCUCCGCCACGGCGGCAGCUUGUUCACCCUCUUCCUCCACGCACCCCUCGCCGCCUUUUGCCUUAUAUGUGACGUCGGCAGCCUCGCCGUGCACCAUUGGGACCGUUGCCAGAGCUACGUCGAACGAUUCCUCAUCGAGGCCAGCCGGCUCGUUAUCCGAUCCAGAUGCGAGACCAGUAUACUGCAGUUCUUCGGGGACGACUUCCUGCGACUGCUGCUGGUGCGCUACGUGUUCUGCGACGUGGUGCUGCACCUGCACCGCUCGUUCCGAGGGCGCCAGCAGCGCCCCCGGUGCCACCCAGCCCUCCCAGAAGAGGAGGUGCUCGAGCACCCUAAUCUACAUCAUCUCGUUCUCGAUUUAGCCGAGUGCAUCGACGCGCGCGACCACUUCCCCGAGAGCAACGAGCUCGCCUGACCCCGGCACCAUUCCGGUACGGUGCCCGACGCGACCCACCUGUCGAACCCCUACCGCGAGGAUUACAAUUACUGCAACUACAAUUACAAUAAGCCCGUAACGCCGAGGCCUCAUUAGAGGCGCGCCUGCGUCUAAGGGCAAACCCACCUUACGCUAAAAUUCCUGCAUUGCGCGACCUGGUGGCUCCACGGUGCUCGGACUGUUCGGACUGCCGCGACUCCGGGGAAAUCCCCGGGACAGCGGCGUCCCCCUGCGAGCUUCUGCUUAACUAAUUAAGAGUGAAGGUGGAACCGCGAAGCGCUAUUACCGGGAUCAUUAUUAAAUUUUUAUCACGGGAGGGGGCGCCAUAGUUGGAGGUUAUGUCCCGAGACGGCGGGCUUUUGCUUAAAUAAUCGACGGGGAACUAAUCGUGAUAUCGUCCGGGUCGUUAUUACAUUUUUAUCGCGGGGAAGGCGUGCACGCCCUUCAGAGACGCCUCCGCGUGGCGGCGCCACUCGAGACAGACACGAGCGCCGAGAAGCGACGCCUUGCGGCGAGCUUUUGCUUCGCCACUCGAGAUUAGUGGCCGGAUAUAAAAUACUAUUAUCGGGAUUAUUAUUAAAUUUUUAUUA